UGCUAAAAAUGGCAGAUUGCGAAAAGGAAGAAGCGCAGAAUUUGCAACUGGAGUUCGAAUGGGUUCUCCGAAAAGAAGUACAUGCUGUUGUCAGUCAGCUACAUGCAAUCCUCGUCGAGUGUGGUCGGAGAUUUCCUGCCUGUAGCAAUGAUGCAUCACACAGACAAGAAAAAUUUAUGCUGUCAGCACUGCCGGAGCAGCCAAAAUGCGUCAUCACAUUGGCAGGGGAUAGCAUCACUCAUGCGGAAAUCAAUCUCAGAGUUCAACGACAGCAGGUAGUGACAUACCGGACGACAAUUCAAGCUGAAAGUCCAUGGCGAUUGCAGCAGAUCCAAGAUGCUGGCAACCAUCUGCAGCAGGCCAUAGUUCAUACUGAAGCUAUUGAUAAGGAUUACAUGUUCAAGUCAUCAGAAGAAGUACUUCAUAUAUUGGGCAACAUACUGGGAGCCUUGCAACGUGCCCGUACCAGUCUCAUAGUGCCUCGUAAGAAAACUAUUGAUGACCUCAUGAGAAGCAGGAAUAUGAAAUCUUUGGUGCCCAACCUUCCUGAAGAUCUUGCAAUCAGUUUCUAUGUGCAGAGCCACAAACUGGUGUUUGCUGUAUAUCAGCUGACAAAUGUGCAAGGCACAAUGAAGUUUGACACCCAUCAGGCAGAGUGCUCAAUUCCAUGGCUAAAUGAAGCUCUAGUACUUCUCACCGUGGCACUGCAACUCUGCCAGCAACUCAAGGACAAGAUUGGUGUAUUCUCACAGUAUAAGGACUUCACUGUGGGUAUGAGUGUGGCAUCUCCAGUACCCCAAUAAAGUUCUGCUAUUAGUACUGAAAUUGACCUUCCAGCCAAGUGGUAUUGCUGCUCAGAUGUACCAUCCAAGACACUUGAAGUGUCAGGUUGUUAAUUUUGUAUUGUAUGUGCAUAUAUAUUUACGUGCGGUAUUUAAUGUUACCAUCAGAUUUACAAGAUAAUGUUUCCUCAGUCAUAACAAAAAUGACUGAUAGUGCUCAAAGUUGUUUACUCCCUGGUAGACAUGAUAGUUCAAAAUCCAAAAGAAUAAAAUUUCUACAGUUAUUGUUCCUGUGUGCGCCUUGAGCUAAAAGGGCAUAUUUCCAUGGCUCCAUGUGGAAAUGUGCACAAAUCUGCAUUUUCAACAGAAUGAUCUGCACGCUCAUAAUGUGUGUAUUAUGAAAUCAGACUGGAAAAUUUUAGAAUUUUUAUUUUUGCUUGUUAAUGUAUGCAAGUUUUAUUACUUUUAGAUCUAUAUACUUUUAAGGAAUUUUAUUUGUUUAAGUAACAACUGAGUACCUAUGUGAUGAUUUUGUUUCACACUGGUUUUCUGUACAAGCCUAAAACAGUAACUAAGGCCACUAGUAAUUUUGUGUACAUUAUAUCAGUUUCCUGGCUGUUUUAUCUUAGGUACAGAAAUUCUAUUAAGCUAAGAACACAAAUCUUUUCAUUUGAUUUGUUGCUAAAGUAAAUACUUACUGGAUUCAAUUCAAAAUUAAUGUACAGAGGACUGUAAUGAUUUGUGUGACUCCAGGUUAGUGGAUUUAAUAACUUUUAUAUCAUCUUCAUGUGCCUCUAUAAUGAAAUGGGAACCAAAUGUUCUCCAAAUUUCGUCGUAUAAGACCUUGUGUGUCACAUGUAGUCAAUUUUUCGUAUCUGGACUCACAGUUUCAUCCUAAGUAGACUUUUACAGUGAAUCCGGGAAAUAAAAAAAGGUGAUGGAAUAUCCCUUGUCUAGUAGCUGUUAUGUUUGUGGUGUAUUAUACCAAUUAUAUUUGUCUGAUAUACUAGUGGUAAAUUUCUAAGGUUCAUUUUAAUCCCAUUAUUGAAGCUGGUUUUGUGCUUAGUGUAGCCAAGUUGCGGAGAUUGUUUGUGUGUGUGUGUGUGUGUGUGUGUGUGUGUGUGUGUGUGUGUGUAAUAAAAGUUGAAAAUCCAGGAUGAGAUUUUCACUCUGCAG